AUGGUUAUGGUUACAACAGGUGGUAGCAGCCUGAAAGACGAUAUUAUGCGUUUAUAUCAACCAGUUCAUCUGCUAGUUGGAACUCCAGGAAGAAUAUUAGAUCUUGCAAAGAAGGGUGUUUGCAUUCUGAAGGAUUGCUCUAUGCUUGUUAUGGAUGAGGCUGAUAAGCUUCUCUCCCCAGAGUUCCAACCUUCCAUAGAACAGCUGAUUCAAUUUCUUCCUGGAACCCGUCAAAUUCUGAUGUUUUCUGCUACGUUUCCUGUUACUGUUAGGGACUUCAAAGAUAGAUAUCUACGUAAGCCAUAUGUUAUUAACCUUAUGGAUGAGCUAACUCUGAAAGGUAUUACACAAUAUUAUGCAUUUGUGGAAGAGAGGCAGAAAGUCCACUGCCUAAAUACUCUUUUCUCUAAGCUUCAAAUAAACCAGUCAAUCAUUUUCUGCAAUUCCGUGAAUCGGGUUGAACUUCUUGCCAAGAAAAUCACUGAACUUGGGUAUUCGUGUUUCUAUAUCCAUGCAAAGAUGUUGCAAGACCACCGUAAUAGAGUAUUUCAUGACUUCCGCAAUGGGGCCUGCAGAAAUCUUGUUUGUACUGAUCUCUUCACUAGGGGAAUAGACAUCCAAGCAGUGAAUGUUGUUAUUAAUUUUGAUUUUCCCAAAAACUCAGAAACCUACCUACACAGGGUUGGUCGUUCAGGGAGGUUUGGGCACCUAGGUUUAGCGGUGAACUUGAUCACCUAUGAGGAUCGCUUCAAUUUAUAUAGAAUUGAACAAGAACUUGGCACUGAAAUAAAACAAAUUCCGCCACACAUUGAUCAAGCAAUAUAUUGCCGGUGAUUGGUGAUAGAUACCUUGAUUGUAUUCACAACUGUGGUGAGUAAUAGGAAAAUUUUUAGUUUCAUACUUAUAAUGACCAUUAUUGUUCUGAUGAUAUUUCAACAAUGAAAAGUCUGACACACCUAAUGUUUAUUACUAUUGCACUUUAUUGAAGCAAGAGGUUGCAAUGUAUAAUUCUGAUUUGUGUUCAUGUAUAUCUUUUUUACAGGUAGGUGUGAGUGUUGGUGAAGCAGGUGUGAAUACUUUGUAUUAGGAUGCACUAUGAAAAUAGGGGAAUUGUCAGACCCUUUGUUGAAUGUUUUUUCGUUAAUUUCUGGGUUUUGAGAGCUCUUAAACACUAUGAUUAGGACUUUCAGAAAUGUUACAUAAAUGGCGGGUCCAGUUUGGGUUUUGAUGGUUUACAUUUGCAGGUGUUGUUACUCCAGACUUUGAUUUCCUCAGUAAUCCUUUUAACUGUUUACUUGGGAAUGUACCUUACUAUCAAGACGUCCGUUUUUGAUUCUAGAAUAAUAUGCUGUUUGUUUUGCCAA